CGAGCCUUAGGUAACCUCUAUUCCGAGGCGGCAGUGGCCACAGCCAGCAGCGCACGCGGGCCUCAGCGGACCCCCGCCCGCAGCGCGGCCCAGUGCACGCCGGUCCCGCUGCCCGGCGCCAGCUGCCCACUCCGCAGUGGCGGCUCCGCUCUCGACCGCGCCGUUCCGUUUGGCGGCCCGUCGGCCAGCCGCCCGCCCAUGCUCUCAGCUACCAGGCGGGCUAGCCAGCUCUUCCACAUCCGCUUUCCCGUUUCGAGAAUGGGCGACUCCGCCUCUAAGAUCGUCAGCCCCCAGGGGGCCUUGCCGGGCCGGAAGGAGCCGAUCCCCGUUACGGCCAAACAUCAUGUCAAUGGCAAUAGAACAGUUGAACCUUUCCCAGAGGGAACACAGAUGGCUGUAUUUGGAAUGGGCUGUUUCUGGGGAGCUGAGAGGAAAUUCUGGACCAUGAAAGGAGUAUAUUCAACUCAAGUUGGUUAUGCAGGAGGCUACACUCCCAAUCCUACUUAUAAAGAAGUCUGUUCAGGAAAAACUGGCCACGCAGAAGUAGUCCGAGUGGUGUACCAGCCAGAACGCAUCAGCUUUGAGGAACUGCUCAAGGUCUUCUGGGAGAAUCAUGACCCGACCCAAGGCAUGCGCCAAGGUAAUGACCAUGGCACUCAGUACCGCUCAGCCAUCUAUCCAGCCUCUACUGAGCACAUGGAGGUGGCCCUGAGGUCAAAAGAAGACUACCAGAAGGUUCUUUCGGAGCACGGCUAUGGCCUGAUCACAACCGACAUCCGGGAGGGCCAAACCUUCUACUACGCGGAGGAGUACCACCAGCAGUACCUGAGCAAGAACCGCGACGGGUACUGCGGCCUCGGGGGCACCGGCGUGUCCUGUCCGCUGGGUGUUAAAAAGUAAUUUCUCCCCAUGUGGUCAGCCCUUGAAGUCACAGCCAAAAUGCUUUCAACAAAUUGGGCAAUGCUUUUGUGGCUCAGGUCAGUGGCUUUUUGAAGUGCACAAAGCGCGAAGGCAGUCAGGAAAACCUGGUUUAAUGAGGUCUGAUUACAUGAAGUGCAAUGGCAAGUUGAUAACAUGCAGUUUAUCUUCUACUAAGUUACGGUGGGAGUUGAACUGUGACAUUGCUUGAACUGUUUGGAUUGCUUGGGGUCUGAAUGAGGAUCAUGAAUACGCUGUGCUCCGUCUUCUUGGGCCUGGGUGCCUGCCGCGGAAGCUGGGGAAGGAAGCUGGGAGAUUGUCAGACAAGAUAAGGCAUUUGGACACGGGAACUGUACCCUGUCCCACCUCGCAUGCCCUCCAGUGCCUUAAAAUCUGCAAACAUUUAUAGCCUCAAUGAAUCAUUCACUGCAGUAUUUUGCUCAACUGAGCCUAGAUGCGCGGGGGGCUUUCUCUCCUUUUCGGCCCUCCUGGGGCAGGAAAAAGAUGCAAGUUAGCUCGAUGAAUUCUAAUGCUUUGCUUACAGCUAUGAGAAAUGCUUGUUCUAAUAAAAGUCUACAGU